AGAUGUUUUUAGAAAUAAAAUUACAAAUUGUUCAGCACUAUGCCAAUAAGUUGCGCGACGAUUCCAAAAUAGAACACAAGCACUCCUGAUGUUGCCAAAACUAAUAAGAAAAUGUAUGGCAAUAAACUGUAAUGCUAGCGGCUUGCAGGAUUUCACAAAGUUAUUUAAAUUUCCAACGGAUCCCGAAUUAAACCAAAAGUGGAAAGAAAAUCUAGGACUUACGAACGCCCGCUUCCUCUCGUCAUGCCGAUCAUUAAUAUGCCGACGCCACUUCACGCCAGAAUGCCACGCGAAGAAAAAGUUACAUUCCUGGGCCGUGCCAACACUCCAUUUGGGUACCGGUAAAACUGAGGGUAUACAUCAACCUUUUAAACCCAAAAUACUUUGGAAGUGGCGGAAGUGUUGUGUCAGAAACUGUAAGGUGAAGCAUCCAGAAACAUUACACACAUUUCCAAAGAAACCGGAGCUACGCGCCAAAUGGUUGCAAAUAUGCGGAUUAAAAGAUGUGAGGAAAGUGUACGAUAUAUGCCGGAGGCACUUUCGUCCAAGUUUUUUACUUAGACGCAAACUCGUAAAGAACGCAUAUCCCGAAUUGAAUUUGGGGCUAGAAGAUUUUGAUCCACUGCAGGCGUCACAAGACUCGGAGAACAUUGAAGUUGAAGAGGAUGAGAUUAAUGAGAACAUAGAUAAUGACGAAGACGAACAAAUAAUUGACACGAAUAGCAGCGAGACAGAUGACGCAGAAGAGAACGAGGAUGAUGUCAGAGAAACUCAGAUACGUGACACAAGCUGCGACAGGUGUGCAACGCGGGAGAAUCGGUGCCGCGAGAUGCAGGAAGAAAUUGACGCCAUGCGCAAAAAGAUAACUCAACUGGAGGAAAUGCUUCACGUAAAUACGCAAGAUGACGAAGAGGAGUACAUAUGGCUGCUGCUCAAAUAAAUCGAAACCCAAAAACCUUUGAUUAAUA